AUGGAGUCUGGUAAUAACAAAAAGCAAUCGACGAAAGUCGCUAAAAAUAAGACUAAUUCAAAAAACGGCCUACCUGGGAAGUGUUCUCAUUUGUACAUGCAGGAGAAGUUAUUGAAAAAAAUCCCAAAAUUGUCCUUCUCCAAGGACUUAGCAGUGAUAUAUCUAUACAGCAAUGAAAUUGAAAACAUCGAGAACCUAAACUUUUUCCCGAACUUGACAAGCCUUUACUUACAAAAUAAUAAAAUAGAAAAAAUUGAAAAUUUAGAAGGUUUGGUAAAAUUGAGGAAACUGUAUAUUGGCCGUAAUAAAAUAAGCGUUCUAGAAGGACUUGAAACUUUAAAAAAUGUAGAAGAAUUGCAUAUUGAAAAACAGUGUUUGCCUGACAACACUCCUCUAUUUUUGGACCCAAGAACCAUAUUUUCAUUAUCGGAAAGCUUAUGUGUUUUGAAUAUCUCCCACAAUAACCUAACUUCGCUUUCAUAUUUGUCUCCAUUGAAAAAUUUGGUGAUCAUAGAUGCAUCAUUCAAUGAUUUCGAGGACAUAAAAGAUAUAUGUCAGACAGUUCGAGAUUGGUACCACUUGAGAGAGGCAACUUUUAUUGGAAAUCCAAUCACGAAACGUCACCGAUACCGAGAAGAUAUCAUUGCUAAUUCUGUCUAUUUAGACUCUUUAGAUGCUAAAACCGUGUCUGCCGUUACCAGAAAUUUUAUUAGGAGAUUCGAGGAAGAAAAACUUAUACACGGGUCUAGACAGAAUAUUAAUAUAGCCGACAUUGUCCCAAGCUUGCCCAAAAACUACCCUCCACCACUUCAAAAGGCAGUUUCUGCCUCUAUCCUCAGAAAUUCUAAAUGUCGGUUAUCCCAAGAUUUGUCAGUAUUUGAUGAAACCGAUGCUGUCUAUAUCGCAUGGAAAACUCUGCCUCAGAGAAAACCUCUUCUGAAAACGCCUCAACGUCUACGCAAUAAACGAAAUAUGAAUACCGAUAAAAAAAGAGUUGUUAUAAAUACUUUCCCGGAAAUUGCACAUAUUUAA